GGUGUGUGUUCAUGAUGGGGACUGUGUGGGGAAGUAGCAGCAUCUUCUGGGAACUUUUAUUGCGCACUCCGAGCUCCAGUAAUUCAGUUCAGUGACCACAGGAGAUGCUUUAAGAGUUCUCAGCGGUCAAGAAAAACUUUGGGACACUGGAGUGGAGAAAUGGCAGGUGACAAAACUACAUCUGAGGACGUGCGCUCCUCCAGAGUCAUCAGGGUGGUUUUCUUGGCACUGCUGCUUGACUUGCUGGGCUUCACAUUAAUACUUCCUCUGCUCCCCUCCAUCUUGGACCACUACAGUCAAACUGGGGACGGUGUGUAUCAGUCGUUACAGAGUGCAGUGGACUGGUUCAGAGGGGCGGUUGGAGUUCCUAUGGAAACUAAAUAUAACAGUGUUCUUUUUGGAGGUCUGAUAGGCUCUCUCUACUCUCUGCUACAAUUUCUGUCAUCACCCAUUACUGGGGCUCUUUCAGAUGAUUAUGGAAGAAAACCACUGCUGCUGUUAACAACCGUAGGUCUCAUGGCAUCCUACAUUCUGUGGGCUUUCUCUCACAGUUUUACCAUUUUUCUGCUGUCUCGAGUGGUUGGAGGAAUUUGUAAGGGUAAUGUCAGCCUGUGCACUGCUAUUGUGGCGGACCUGCCUUGCCCUAAAGCAAGAAACAAGGGAAUGGCAAUGAUUGGUGUUGCUUUCUCCUUGGGGUUCACACUGGGUCCAUUAAUGGGAGCAUACUUUGCUCUGAGACUCAAAGACGCUGAGGUGUUUUAUCAAGGCCCUGCCUUGCUGGCUGUCCUUUUUUCUUUAGCAGACCUGCUUUUUAUUUUCUUCAUGCUGCCAGAGACUUUACAAAAGGUCAGCAAGUGUGCGUCAGAGUCUUCAGGUAUUCAACACUCUGGAGAUCUUCUUUUCCCUGUUGCACUUUUCAAGUUCACUGCCCUCACAAGAACACAGAAUCCACCAUCUGAGCAAAAAAUGCUAAAUCUUAAGGCGCUUGGAUUGGUUUACUUCACAUAUCUGUUUCUCUUCUCUGGGUUGGAAUUCACCUUGAGUUUUCUGACACAUCAGCGCUUCCAAUUUUCCAGCAUGCAGCAGGGGAAGAUGUUCUUUUUCAUCGGCAUUACCAUGGCAGUGAUCCAGGGUGGAUAUGCCCGCAGGAUCAAACCAGGUCAUCAGAUCCAGACUGUUAGCGUGGCAAUUAUAUCACUUAUACCAGCAUUCUUGCUCAUUGGAAUAGCAUGGAAUUUGACACUGCUUUAUUCUGGAUUAUUUUUGUACUCUUUUGCUGCUGCUAUUGUUGUUCCAUGCCUUUCAACACAAGUGUCUGGACACGGUGGGAUUUAAAAAAAUGUUUUCCUGUGUCUAGUUUUGUCUGAGCUUUAUUUUCUU